CGACGCGUAGAGGCUGUUAUUCAAUGGAAACGAAGCAAAAUUUAUUUAGUAUAUUCUUUUUAAAUACAUGGAUUCUUUAGCAAAACAAACACAUAGGUGAUACUAAGUGAUACUUAGGUUAUAGUGUAACACCUUCCUAGUAAGAAGUAUUUACGAAACAAAAUAUUGUGAAAUUUUAAGUAUUUCAUCUUUUAUCAUGACACCAUAAACAUAGAGCAAGAAAAGUAUUCGUGUAUAUUAUAUACAUAUUCGCUUAUUGUAAUACACGAGAAUUAACCUCAAAAUGAGUUAUAAUAAAAAGGUAUCAUACUUUUAUAAUCCAGACGUUGGUAAUUUUCAUUAUGGUCCUGGACACCCAAUGAAACCCCAUAGACUCGCUGUAAUUCACAGUUUGGUACUUAAUUAUGGUCUACAUAAAAAAAUGCAGAUCUAUCGUCCAUAUCGAGCUAGUACGCAUGAUAUGUGUCGUUUUCACUCCGAUGAGUAUGUUGAAUUUCUACAAAGGGUGACUCCACAAAACUUACAAGGAUACACCAAAUAUUUAAGCCAUUUUAACGUAGGUGAUGAUUGUCCUGUUUUUGAAGGAUUAUUCGAUUUUUGUUCCAUGUACACAGGUGCUUCUUUAGAAGGUGCUACAAAACUAAACAAUAAUUGCUGUGAUAUCGCUAUUAAUUGGAGUGGAGGGUUGCAUCAUGCAAAAAAAUUUGAAGCCUCUGGUUUCUGCUACAUUAACGACAUCGUCAUAGCAAUAUUGGAACUAUUAAAAUAUCAUGCUAGAGUGCUUUACAUAGAUAUAGAUGUCCAUCACGGAGAUGGAGUACAAGAGGCAUUUUAUCUCACAGAUAGAGUAAUGACAGUAUCCUUUCAUAAAUAUGGAAACUAUUUCUUUCCUGGUACUGGAGAUAUGUACGAAAUUGGAGCAGAAAGUGGAAGGUAUUACUCUGUUAAUGUACCUUUAAAGGAGGGUAUCGAUGACACAUCUUAUGUUCAAGUAUUCAAGCCAGUAAUAUCUCAUGUAAUGGAAUUUUUUCAACCAACUGCAAUAGUUUUACAAUGUGGGGCAGAUUCCCUUGCAAAUGAUCGUUUAGGUUGUUUUAGUCUAAGCACUAAAGGACAUGGAGAAUGUGUAAAAUUCGUGAGAGAUUUAAAUGUACCGUUGCUCACGGUGGGAGGAGGAGGAUAUACGUUACGUAAUGUUGCACGUUGUUGGACUUAUGAAACUUCUUUGCUUGUUGAUGAACACAUCAGUAAUGAACUACCAUACACAGAAUAUUUGGAAUAUUUUGCACCAGAUUUUACAUUGCAUCCUGAUGUUGUAACAAGACAAGAUAAUGCUAAUAGUAAACAGUAUUUAGAGGCUAUUACAAGACAUGUAUAUGACAAUUUGAAAAUGAUUCAACAUUCUCCAAGUGUACAAAUGCAAGAUGUGCCGUGUGAUGCACUCCCUCUAGAAGAAGAAAGACAACCAGAACCUGAUCCAGACUCCAGACAAAAUGUGCAAGAGACUGAUAAAGUAGUUGAACCAGUUAAUGAGUACUAUUCUGGAGAAAAAGAUCAAGACAAGAUGGACAUAAGUGAAUCAUGACUAAGCAGUGGACAGACUAGACAUAAAAUAGGAAUAAUAUUGGACUAGGAAAGCAAGGUAUACGCAUUUGUAUAAAUACACAAUAAUUAAAAAAUAAUUUCUUCUGACAUAAAUGAUUGUAAAU